AUGAACCACGAAAUCGUUACCAGCCGCUUCCUCUCCAACCCCCAGGAGCUUGGUGUUGUUGCUGUUGGCUUCUCCGGUGGCCAGCCCAAGGCCGGUGUCGACAACGGCCCCCAGGCCCUCAUCCAGUCUGGUCUCCUCGGCCAGAUCAACACUGAGCUUGGCUACAAGCUGCACGGUGAUUCCGAGGUCCAGUACUACAAGGACCUUGCUGUCGCCAACGAUGCCGACCACCGCGGCAUGAAGAAUCCCCGCACCGUCUCUGCCGUCAACAAGGCCAUCUCCCAGAAGACCUACGAACAGUCCGUUGCCGGCCGCCUCACCCUCACCCUCGGUGGUGAUCACUCCAUUGCCAUCGGCACCAUCUCCGGUACCGCCAAGGCCACCCGCGAGCGCCUCGGCCGCGAGAUUGCCGUCAUCUGGGUCGAUGCCCACGCCGACAUCAACACCCCCGAGUCCAGCGACAGCGGCAACAUCCACGGCAUGCCCGUUGCCUUCCUGACUGGCCUUGCAAAGGGCGACAGCGACGACGCCUUCGGCUGGGUCAAGGAGGAGCACCAGCUCAACAUCAAGAAGCUUGUCUACAUUGGUCUCCGUGACGUCGAUGUCGGCGAGAAGAAGAUCCUCCGCGAGCACGGCGUCAAGGCCUUCAGCAUGUUCGAUGUUGACCGCUACGGCAUUGGCCGUGUCAUGGAGAUGGCUCUUGCUCACAUUGGCGCCGACACCCCCAUCCACCUGUCCUUCGACAUUGACGCCCUCGACCCUACCUGGGCUCCCAGCACCGGUACCCCCGUCCGCGGCGGUCUUACUCUCCGCGAGGGUGACUACAUCUGCGAGUGCAUCCACCAGACCGGCAACCUGAUUGCCGUCGACCUUGUCGAGGUUAACCCUGCUCUUGCUGCCACCGAGGCUGGCGCCCAGGAGACCGUCCGUGCCGGCUGCUCCAUUGUCCGCUGCGCUCUCGGCGAGACUCUCCUGUAA